AUGGCGGAAUCAUCUGAAUCCUUCACCAUUGCCUCCAGCCCUGCCCGCCGUCGGCAAAGUAAUGAUCCUCUCACCUCCAGCCCUGGGCGAAGCUCCCGGCGCACAGAUGCCCUGACCUCCAGCCCUGGGCGAGACCUUCCUCCCUUUGAGGAUGAGUCUGAGGGGCUAUUAGGCACAGAGGCACCCUUAGAGGAAGAAGAAGAGGAUGGAGAGGAGCUUAUUGGAGAUGGCAUGGAGAGGGACUACCGUGCCAUCCCGGAGCUGGACACCUACGAGGCUGACGGACUGGCCUUGGACGAUGAGGAUGUAGAGGAGCUGACGGCCAGUCAGAGGGAGGCGGCGGAGCGGGCCAUGCGGCAGCGCGAUCGCGAGGCUGGCCGGGGCCUGGGCCGCAUGCGCCGUGGGCUCUUGUAUGACAGCGAUGAAGAGGAUGAGGAUCGCCCCGCCCGGAAACGCCGCCUUGUGGAGCGGGCCACGGAAGACGGUGAGGAGGACGAGAUGAUCGAGAGCAUCGAGAACCUAGAGGACCUUAAGGGCCACUCUGUGCGCGAGUGGGUGAGCAUGGCCGGCCCCCGACUGGAGAUCCACCACCGCUUCAAGAAUUUCCUGCGCACCCAUGUGGACAGCCACGGCCACAAUGUCUUCAAGGAGCGCAUCAGUGACAUGUGCAAAGAGAACCGUGAGAGCCUGGUGGUGAACUAUGAGGACCUGGCAGCCAGGGAGCAUGUCCUGGCAUACUUCCUGCCAGAGGCGCCAGCGGAGCUGCUACAGAUCUUCGAUGAGGCUGCUCUGGAGGUCGUGCUGGCCAUGUACCCCAAGUACGACCGCAUCACCAGCCACAUCCACGUGCGCAUCUCCCACCUGCCCCUGGUGGAGGAACUGCGCUCACUGAGGCAGCUGCACCUGAAUCAGCUGAUCCGUACCAGCGGAGUGGUGACCAGCUGCACAGGCGUCCUGCCUCAGCUCAGCAUGGUCAAAUACAACUGCAACAAGUGUAGCUUUGUGCUGGGGCCUUUCGCUCAGUCCCAGAACCAGGAGGUGAAGCCCGGCUCCUGUCCUGAGUGCCAGUCUGCUGGCCCCUUUGAGGUCAACAUGGAAGAGACCAUCUAUCAGAACUACCAGCGCAUCCGCAUUCAGGAGAGUCCCGGCAAAGUGGCGGCCGGCCGGCUGCCCCGCUCCAAGGAUGCUAUCCUCCUCGCCGAUCUGGUGGACAGCUGCAAGCCAGGAGACGAGAUAGAGCUGACCGGCAUCUACCACAACAACUACGAUGGCUCUCUCAACACGGCCAAUGGCUUCCCCGUUUUUGCCACGGUCAUCUUAGCCAACCACAUAGCCAAGAAGGACAACAAGGUUGCCGUGGGGGAACUGACCGACGAAGAUGUGAAGAUGAUCAUCAGCCUCUCCAAGGACCAGCAGAUCGGGGAGAAGAUCUUUGCCAGUAUUGCUCCCUCCAUCUACGGGCACGAAGACAUCAAGAGAGGCCUGGCGCUGGCUCUGUUCGGAGGGGAGCCCAAAAACCCAGGGGGCAAGCACAAGGUGCGAGGUGACAUCAAUGUGCUCUUAUGCGGAGAUCCUGGCACAGCCAAGUCUCAGUUCCUCAAAUAUGUUGAGAAAGUGUCUAGCCGUGCCAUCUUCACCACCGGCCAGGGGGCUUCAGCUGUGGGCCUCACAGCAUAUGUCCAGCGGCACCCUGUCAGCAGGGAGUGGACCUUAGAAGCUGGAGCCCUGGUUCUUGCUGACCGAGGAGUAUGUCUCAUCGAUGAAUUUGACAAGAUGAAUGACCAGGACAGAACCAGCAUUCAUGAAGCCAUGGAACAGCAGAGUAUCUCCAUCUCGAAGGCUGGCAUCGUUACCUCACUACAGGCUCGCUGCACCGUCAUUGCCGCUGCCAACCCCAUAGGCGGCCGCUAUGACCCCUCACUGACCUUCUCAGAAAACGUGGACCUCACGGAGCCUAUCAUUUCCCGUUUCGACAUCCUGUGUGUGGUGAGGGACACAGUGGACCCCGUGCAGGAUGAGAUGCUGGCCCGUUUCGUGGUCGGGAGCCACGUCAGACACCACCCCAGUAACAAGGAGGAGGAGAGGCUGGGCAGCACCCCAGAACCCACCAUGCCCAACACAUUCGGCGUGGAGCCUCUGCCGCAGGAUGUCCUGAAGAAGUACAUCAUCUAUGCCAAGGAGAAAGUCCACCCGAAGCUCAAUCAGAUGGACCAGGAUAAGGUGGCCAAGAUGUACAGCGACCUGAGGAAAGAAUCCAUGGCGACAGGCAGCAUCCCCAUCACAGUACGGCACAUCGAGUCCAUGAUCCGCAUGGCAGAGGCCCACGCACGCAUCCACCUGCGGGACUAUGUGAUCGAGGAUGACGUCAACAUGGCCAUCCGUGUGAUGCUGGAGAGCUUCAUCGACACGCAGAAGUUCAGUGUCAUGCGCAGCAUGCGGAAGACCUUUGCCCGCUACCUUUCAUUCCGACGUGAUAACAAUGAGCUGUUGCUCUUCAUACUCAAGCAGUUAGUGGCAGAGCAGGUGACGUAUCAACGCAACCGCUUUGGGGCCCAGCAGGACACUAUUGAAGUGCCUGAGAAGGACUUGGUGGACAAGGCCCGUCAGAUCAACAUCCACAACCUCUCUGCCUUUUAUGACAGUGAGCUCUUUCGGAUGAACAAGUUCAGCCAUGACGUGAAGCAGAAGAUAAUCCUCCAGCAGUUCUGA